AUCCAUCAUCCCCUUGCGACAGCAAUUGUGCGCGACAUGGUGAGAAAAACGCGCUCCGUUUGAAGAUUUCUCUGAAUAAAGCAGCUAACAGGCUAUGUAGGAAUCUAUCAAAGACGCUGCGCGCGCAGCUACAUCUAAGCCGGUCCAGAGAGCCGUGGUAAACAGUGUUCUGCUUGCCAUUAGCGCAGCGACGCUCUUUGGAUUUGCAUCUAUUGCGACCGCAUUAUUCUUCCAGAAUUAUCUGCCAGAGAAAGCAGUAUCGUCUCCGUUGUACCUUCAAUAUGGAAUUACCCACGAUCACCCAUAUGGCAUUGCCACCCUCUCGUCGCCCCAGCUUAAAACAGAGCAGGAAUACGACAUCUCUGUAACGCUUUCCAUGCCGAAAUCACCAGUGAACAUGGAGAGAGGCAAUUUCAUGGUACGCAUGCUUUUGAUUGGCGACAAAGGUAGUGGCGAUCUAGCAGCGGAAGCGCUCGAGUACGCACGCUCUCGCAAACAGAUUAGCGGCAAAAACGUUCUUUACAAAGUGCGUCGUCCGGCUCUGGCACCGUAUUCGGAUCCAAUGGUUUCACUAGUCUCCCGGCUGCUCUGGUUGGGCUACCAUGUCCUUUUCCCUGCAUCGCAAGCUAUGGAGAUGUCUAUCCAACUUGCAGAGCGCGUUUCCUUCGCUAAAGAUGCUCUUGUACCUGCGUCUGCAUAUGUGGAAGUUGAAGCUGGCGGAUCCAUCCAGAUCUACAAGGCAGCGGUCACGCUGACUGCUCAACUUCGCGGGCUUCGCUGGGCCAUGCAUCACUAUCGCAUUGUUACGUUCACCAUCUUCACUGUUGCCUUUUGGCUCUGUGAGAUAUUGUUUAUGAGCGCUGUCUUGCUUGUGUGGUUGUCUUUUACAGCAAAUGAAGAGCCACUGGACGAUGGCAAGUCUAGCCGUGGCCGAGGCCAUGCCGGCAGUGACGACGACGACGAUAGUGAUGAAGACGAUGGUCAACACUCAGAAUAUUCUCACAGAUCCACACAACGGACCAAGAGCCCGAAUGUCAAAGAGGACCCCGACAUAAAGGAGGAGGAAUCUCAACGCCAGCUUGCUGAUAUUCCUACCGCAGCUGGUGAAGGCGAAGCAGAUGAUGAAGACGACUUUGACGAGCCACUUAGCUCUGCCACCCAGACAGGCUAUAAAGAGAAGGGCAAAGACGGUGUUCGCAAAAGGUCGUCAAAGGCUGAUUUACAGUAAUGGAGAUAUGAUGGAAUUUGCUAUUGUUUAUGUAUAUUCAGAUACCCCGCCACGGAUACCGAGCGCCACGACAGCUCGAGAGGCGAUGAAACCCGCUGGAGUUUUCCUUAAUCUUGUAGCUCUUGCUUCAAUUCAUUUUUUUGGUUUUCAAAAAUGAAUCCGAGUUAUAACCUACAGUGCUCUUGGAUCCUGCAAAGCAUUCGGCGGC